GACGUCAGCGUUUCGUUACCUGCCAACUCAAUUGCGCCUGAAGCGAACAGCUGAGUGAAGCCGACUUUAUUAUUAUUAUCUUUUAGAUUUGAUACGGUCAGAAAAUGAGAUACUAUAGAACUCGGCGUAACUAUGACAGCCAGACAAACUCAGUUCGCAAGCGAUCGUCGUCAAAACAACAGUGACAUACGAUACGAAAUAGAAGCAGCAGCAGCAGCAGCAUGAAAACAUCAUAUAUAGCGGCAUUGGACGUUGGUACGACGAACUUGCGUUGCUUUGUGCUUGAUGAGAACUGCACAGUUCAGGGGUCGGCGGCGGAUACUGUGGAGCUAUUAAAUCCGCAACCAGGCUACUUUGAGAUUGAGCCCGAAGGUUUAUGGCGCAAAAUAGUUCAAGUUAUUAAACUGGCCAUACGCAAUGCAAAGUUAACGCCCGCUGAGAUUAGCUGCUUUACUAUAUCCACGCAGCGCUGCACGUUUCUCACAUGGAAUCACAAGACUAAAGAAUAUUAUCAUAAUUUUAUAACCUGGAAGGAUUUGCGCGCCGAUGCAUUAGUUAAUCAAUGGAACGCCAGCUUGACGCUGCGUGGCAUCAACACUUUUCUCUAUACGCUUUACUUGUUAACCAGGAGCGCGCGUUUCUUGGCAGGCAGCGUGCUGAAGCUCAUGAAUGGACAAGUGACGCCGCGUUUGAUGUUUGAAAUUGCUCAAAACAAGCGUCUGAAGCAGGCCUUGAAAGAUAAAGAAGCGCGCGUGGAGCUGUUGGAUUCAUGGAUUUUAUAUAAACUGCGCUCAGGCAAUGGACUGGAACCGGAUGUUGAGCACAUUACAGAUAUAACCUCCAGCACGGCGACAGGUCUUUAUGAUCCUUUUACCUUAGGCUGGUCGCCCUUGGUGCCUUGGAUAUUUGGCAUUGAUUUGAGCCUGCUGCCGCGUGUUGUGGACAAUAGCUAUAAGGACUUUGGACAUGUGCAUCCAGCUGCCUUUGGCGCAGAUUGGGGGAGCACUAAAAUACCCAUUGCUGCCUCGCUCAGCGAUCAAACUGGUGCCAUGUGGGGAUCACAGUGCUUUAAUACAGGUGACGUUAAGGUUACCAUGGGUACGGGCGCUUUCCUCAAUCUUAUAACUGGCUGUGAUUGCAAAGCUGUUAUCAGUGGGAUGUAUCCUUUGGUAGCCUGGCAGCUAAAUCAAAAGCAGAAACAGCUGCAAACAGUUUAUUGUGUAGAAGGUGCAUCGCAUGAUUUUGGCACAGUGGUCAGCUGGGCGCAUUCCUGUGAGCUUUUUGAGCAGCCCGCAGAUACGGCGGACAUGGCGUUAUCCGUGCCCGAUACAAAUGAUGUAUACUUUAUGCCUGCUUUCAGUGGUUUGGGUCCUCCUGUAAAUGAUUAUCGUGCUGCCAGCGGCUUCAUUGGCAUGACACCGUCCACAACCAAAGCGCAUUUGGUGCGUGCGCUGCUGGAGAGCAUCGUCUUUCGCGUGGUGCAGUUGAUAGAAAGCGCCAAACAGGAAACGGGACAACAUCUUCAAGUUAUAAAAGUUGAUGGCGGCGUUUCGCGCAAUGAUUUUGUUUGCCAGUUCUUAGCCGAUGCCAGCGGCUUGCGUGUGGAGCGCGCUGUCUGCACGGAGGCUAGCGUUAUGGGCGCCACUUACUUGGCGGGCCUUAAUCAUGGCAUUUGGAAAUCGCUCGACGAACUCAAACGCUUUCGCCAGGUGGAACGCAUUUUUGAGCCGCAGCCAAAGCUUUAUGAGAUUAUAAAAGCUCGCAUGGACAAAUGGCAUGUGGCCAUUGAGCGUUUUAGUGAUUGGUAUUAGCCUAUUUGUUAUAUUUAUAUUUUUUUAU